AAAACAACUUCAACCCGUUUAAGCAUAAUAGACUCGUCCUGUCCACGACGCGGAAGGUUAUUUGUAUUUGGUCUCUGUUUGUUUUCGAGUAGUUUGCCAUGCAGAAGCGCUCGGGUUGUCUCUGUCAUGAGAAACAAGUCUGAAAUACCAUUCACCUAUUCCACAUAUUCUAUUCAACAAGCAAAGGGAGAAAGGAGUCACUGCUCUCUACAGAAUCACAAGCAAAAUGGCGGCUCGACAACAAAAACAAGCUAAGGAGAUUGACAUACUUCUGCUUGGCAAAACUGGAAACGGAAAGAGCUCAACUGGAAACGCUAUCCUGGGAAGACCUGCCUUUGCCACAAGCGAAGACGCUGAAUCCGACACUAUCUUCAAUCAGUCAUCGUACGCCUCUUUUGAGGAUGUGUGUGUCAAAGUCGUGGACGUUCCAGGAGUAUGUGACACACGCGUGAAGCGCUCUGUCGCUGAAGAGAGGUUUGUUAACGAGAUGAGUAAAGCUAUUACCGUAUGCUCCGAUGGCUUCCACGCUUUGAUUCUCGUUUUAAAAUUUGGAAACCGUUUUACCGAGGAGGAGGUAUACACGGUUUCCAUGCUCAGGAGUGUUUUCGGUCAAGAUUUCAUAAAGGAUUUCUGUAUUCUUGUUUUUACGCACGGUGAGCAGUUCGAACUUCAAAAUAGCGUAAAAAACACUUCUCGCAGUUUCAUGGAGUGGAUAAAUAAACAGCAAGGGGGCUUGAAGAGACUCGUGGAAGAGGUUAACUAUCGUUGUGUUCUUUUCAGCAACCUCACGAAAGAGAAACAGGAAGAGCAAAGACUGCGAUUAUUCGCGUUGACUGACUCACUCCGUACAAAAGGGAAACGAUAUACUUCCGAGGCAUUUACUGCUGCUAAGAGAGAGCAAGAAAAGCUGAUUGUGAAAAGGAAUGCCUCAGCUAUGAGGCUAAGGCUUCAGGGACAGAUAGAUUUUUUGAGGAUGAAUAUUUCUAUGGCCACCUCGAAAAUUAGCAGAAAGAAGAACGUUACUGGCCUUGACAAAGAUUUGGAAUCUAUACUAGUGAAACUAAAUCGUCUCAGAGGGGACAUUGUUGCAAUGGAUAAAGGUUCAGGGAUACUCAAGACUUUAGAGCAGACUGUAGUGAGUAUGGAGACAACUGUGAAGAGCCACAUGGCUCUGCUGAAAGAACGGCGUGACGCCAAGGAAGCAACACGAAACUUGGAGAAAAAACUGAGGGAUGCGAGCGAUGCGCUGUGCAGAACAAUGGGCUUCCGGGAAAACCCGAGCUUCAGGUCUGCUCUUGGAACUGUGGCGAGGAUUUUAAUGGCUCCAAUACAAGCUGCACGCGAUACUGAAGAAGAUCCUGACGAGGAUGAAAAUGAGGGUGUCCAUUUAGUUUAACCCUUUCAUAGGUGCGCCCCGGGACUAAAGAUUGUCAGCUAGACACAUUUGGCUACGUACUUGAUGAACAGGCGGAGGAUCUUUGUUCAAAUCUGGACGAGGUCCAACUUUCCCUUAUCGGUCACAAAAUAUUUUCUUUCAUUCUUAUGUCUUGACGUUGUCCAUAAAAACCCUUCCGUUUGCUCUAUCACAUUUCUAAAGAUGCAUUGAAUAACAACAAACUAACAAAAAUAUCGUUGCUCUGAUGAAUUUUACUUCUCCUGUAAGGGUUUUAUCAAAGUUCAUACAUAUAACAAGCACAGUAAGGAGUCUUAAAAUCUGCAAUCGAAUUUGAGAAAAAAGUUUCGUUUCCAAGACUACGGCAGCCGUAUUUGACUUUAUUGACAUGUCUUACGUAAUAAAUACUGCACUUAUUUUUUAUGAAAAUAGAUUAGUUAGCAAAUAUUUGAACCACAAAUUGAUUUUCUUAAUUUUUUUAAAAAUGAAGUAGACUUUUUUAAUGACUUUUUUCUGAGGUAGUAUUCAAGU